UCCUCUUUUGCAGCUACAGUAGUGAAGAUGACCAAGAAGAGAAGGAACAACGGCCGUGCCAAGAAGGGACGCGGGCACGUCCAGCCCAUCCGCUGUACCAACUGCGCCCGCUGUGUUCCUAAGGACAAGGCUAUCAAGAAGUUCGUCAUCAGGAACAUCGUGGAGGCGGCUGCCGUCAGGGACAUCUCUGAGGCCAGCGUCUUCGACUCCUAUGUUCUGCCCAAGCUGUAUGUGAAACUGCAUUAUUGCGUGAGCUGCGCCAUCCACAGCAAGGUGGUGAGGAACCGUUCCCGGGAGGCAAGGAAAGACCGCACACCACCGCCCCGCUUUAGACCCAGUGGUGGUCCCCAAAGAGCUCCCCCAAAAACCAUGUGAUGUGGACCAUGUACAAUUUUGUGGAAAAUCAAAAAUAAAAGAUGGGGACACCUUG